ACAUCCCAACUCAUAUACUCAAUGCACUGACCAAUAAAGGCAAGCAUUCCAAAUGCCUUCUUCACUACCCUGUUUAUCUCUAACUCUACCUUCAAGGGAUUACCCCACUAUAACCUCUGCCCUGGCAAUUAUCUCCUUUCAUCUCCAUUCAUGUCAUAGGAAUUUAGCAAUGAGUUGUUAACUGAUCAUGACAGACACUAGGAGCUCAGGAAGAGCAACCUUUGACAGACAAGUUACACAGUAACAACUUCUAAUCCUGCGGCCUACCUACGCUCAGUUUGCUUCUCAUAACCUGCUCUCGCCAAUUCUUGGCCUUGCUUUAAGAUGUUACCCAAACCUAAUUCUCGGCAAAUACUUAUUCUCUUGUUUUAUACAGCUUCUUCCUUGGCUCAGCCUCAACACUUGUCAGAUCACCUCUUUGGAAAGCAAUUUGUAACAUCUUACCACAACCAAAGGUACUUUAUCAGUGCAAGUUAUCGCCUCCCACUGAAGAAAUCGGAUCAAGGAUUUAGAAUCAAGAAAAUGAAUAGAACACAUGACACAACUUCAAAUCAUACCUUCUGCUCAAGAGACAGCAAGAUUGCAGAAGUGGUUUACCCAAUACUCUAUUCGAUCAUUUUCAUUAUCAGCUUCACAUUAAACAGCCUGGCAAUCUGGAUAUUCUUCAAGAUUAAGAAAACGCGGAGUUUUGAUUUCUACCUUAAAAACUUGGCAAUGUCUGACUUGUUAAUGACUCUCACGUAUCCAUUUAAAAUACUCAGCAAGUCAGACCUUGCACCCUGGCAACUAACCUGGUUUGUGUGCCGCUAUUCAGAGGUGAUUUUCUAUCUGAGCAUGUACGCCAGUAUACUGUUCCUCAGUCUGAUCAGUCUGGACAGAUGCCUGAAAAUUGUGAAUCCAUUCAGGAAGUCCAAAAUGCAUGACAUCAACCGCGCAAGGAUGUUUUCAGCUGGAGUGUGGCUACUUGUCCUGGUCUUGGGGGUUCCAAACAGCAUUCUCACCAACAAAAAGGCCACCGCAGAAAACGUGAAGCACUGCAACUCGCUUAAGAGUCCUUUCGGGAAGCACUGGCACGAGGCAGCGGUCUACAUUUGCACAGGGAUAUUCUUCAUUGGCUUCCUCAUCCUAGUUGUUUGUUACAUCUUCAUCAUGAAGGAAAUCCUUAAGUCAAAGAAAACAUUCAGCACUGCCACCAACAAAAACUACAAGAUGAACCAAAACAUAGCCUGGGUUGUUGCAGUUUUUUUCAUCUGUUUUGUGCCUUAUCACCUUUGGAGACUGUCAUUCACCGUUGGUCAGAUGCAUGGAAACUUCAGCUGCUCAGUAGAAAGUGUCUGGUUUCACGGGAGAGAGUUCACGCUAUUCCUGGCUGCUUGCAAUGGAUCCCUCGACCCCAUCAUUUACUUUUUCAUGUCCAAGUCUUUCAAAGAGUUGCUACUCCAAAAGAUUCACAUUAAAACAGAAAUUCCAGACAUACGACUGCGUGGCGGUUAUAAGAGAGCUAACGGUCACGUCAGCUAUGACAGCACAGUGUAAGACAACGGCACAAAUAAGCCUUUACCAGCAGCGAGUGAGCAGACCACCCUGCUAUUCAGUGAAGCCAAUGCUCUUUGCAAUUCUGCACCUCCAUUAUUUGACCAAUGCAGAGUUUAGACAAGCAGAGAAACAUAUGAAUUCCGAUGAGGAGCUGGCCAUUCAGCCCCUCCAGCCUGCCCUGCCAUUUGAUAAAAGCAUGACCUCAAUCUACUUUCCUGUCUACCUCCUAUUACCUGCUCUGCACAUGUUCUCUGGCCCAAGAUGGCUGUUAUGAAAAUUGUGCUUUACAAGAGAAAGAUGCCAUAUUUUGUGGCAACCAAGUUUGCAUGCCAUGUGAACCGUGCAGCAGUUGCAAGUGGAGGAGGGCCUUGGUGGAGGGGGACCGGAUGGGUCUGUCGGAGAGGAAGAAGCGGAGGGCCUGGAGGCUGUCCACCAAAACAUCAACUUCUCCACCUCCUGGUGCUGUCUGGCU